CCCCAUGCCUACAUUUGAGACCAGUGAGCAGCGCGCGCGCAGACCACGUGGGUCCAUUAUGUCAAUUCAAGCGUCCGGCCACGCUGACAUGACUGCUUGUGGCGUUUGUGUCUUACAAUAGUUAACGUUUUUACGUGUUUUCCCACUCACGUUUCGGUCUUUCAGGGGCACGUUUCCUAGCCAGGGGAGAAAGAAACAGUCUGUGACCGGUCAGAAGAAGUAAAAUAGGUGUUUAUGGACAGAGAGACUUGUUGCAUGUUGUGACAGCAGAGAUACACACAUUAAGGUCUAUGGAAAUGCAGGAUCUAGCCAGUCCUCAAAGCCGAGUAAGUGGAAGCAGUGAAUCUCCUAAUGGUCCCAACCUCGACAACUCACACAUCAAUAACAAUUCCAUGACACCCAAUGGCACUGAAGGUGAUAACAUCACAAUGCUUACAACUGCAGACUGGUUGUUAGGUUCUAACUCACAGUCCACUGCAGUUAAAACCGAGCCAAUGAGCAGCAGUGAAAUCACCUCCUCGGUAGCAGACACCUCUCUAGACAGCUUCUCAGGAUCAGCUAUUGGAACCAGUGGCUUCAGCCCAAGACAAACUCACCAGUUCUCUCCACAGAUUUACCCUUCCAACAGAACAUAUCCGCACAUUCUUCCUACCCCUUCAUCCCAAAAUAUGGCUGCGUAUGGUCAGACACAGUACACCACAGGAAUGCAGCAGGCCGCAGCUUAUGCUAGUUACCCCCAGCCUGGGCAGCCAUAUGGCAUCCCAGCAUAUGGCAUAAAGACGGAGGGGGGCCUGAGCCAGUCCCAGUCUCCGGGACAGACGGGCUUCCUAAGCUACAGCUCCGGCUUCACUACGCCACAGACAGGACAGGCCCCCUACAGCUAUCAAAUGCAGGGUGGUUCGUUUACGACAACAUCAGGAUUGUAUGCAGGAAACAACUCCCUGACAAAUUCGACUGGCUUCAACAGCACACAACAGGACUACCCUAGUUAUCCAGCUUUUGGGCAGGGCCAGUAUGCUCAGUAUUACAACAGCUCACCCUACACGUCACCCUACAUGACAAGCAACAACACCAGCCCAAGUACACCCUCCACCACCACCACCUACACCCUCCAGGAGCCGCCCAUUGGCAUCACCAGCCAGGCCCACACAGACAACUCUGCAGGAGAGUACAGUACCAUCCACAGUCCAUCAACCCCCAUUAAAGAUUCAGAUUCAGAUCGAUUGCGCCGGGCCUCGGAUGGAAAGUCACGUGGCCGGGGAAGAAGGAACAACAACCCAUCACCGCCUCCUGACUCCGACCUUGAGCGAGUUUUCAUCUGGGACCUGGAUGAAACAAUCAUCGUUUUCCAUUCCUUGCUUACGGGUUCUUAUGCCAACAGAUAUGGACGGGACCCUCCGACAUCUGUAUCAUUAGGCCUGAGGAUGGAGGAAAUGAUCUUCAACUUGGCUGACACACACUUAUUCUUUAACGACUUAGAGGAAUGUGACCAGGUACAUAUUGACGAUGUGUCCUCCGAUGACAACGGCCAGGAUCUAAGUACGUAUAACUUCAGCGCUGAUGGUUUCCACGCAGCAGCAACCAGUGCCAACCUAUGUCUGGCCACAGGCGUGCGGGGAGGCGUGGACUGGAUGAGAAAACUGGCCUUCCGCUACAGACGAGUAAAAGAAAUCUACACCACCUACAAAAAUAAUGUUGGAGGUCUGCUGGGCCCAGCCAAAAGGGAAGCCUGGUUGCAAUUGCGAGCAGAAAUUGAAGCUUUGACAGACUCCUGGUUAACGCUGGCACUGAAAGCGCUAACAUUAAUCCACUCAAGGUCAAACUGUGUGAAUAUCCUGGUGACCACCACGCAGCUCAUCCCUGCCCUGGCUAAGGUGUUGCUCUACGGUCUGGGAAUUGCCUUUCCUAUUGAGAAUAUUUAUAGUGCGACCAAAAUAGGGAAGGAGAGCUGCUUUGAGAGAGUAAUUCAAAGGUUUGGGAGGAAAGUUGUUUACAUUGUUGUUGGAGAUGGUGUGGAAGAGGAACAAGGCUCAAAAAAGCACAACAUGCCCUUCUGGAGGAUCUCCAGCCAUUCAGAUCUCAUGGCCCUGCACCAUGCUCUAGACCUGGAGUACUUGUAGUACUUGUACUGCACCACUCUCGUACAUCCUGCACCACCCCAGCACACCCUGCAGCCUUUCACCUUCACCCUCCAACGGUGUCCCACACUCAGAAAAAAAGCCCCUGUGCUGCCUGGACUGUCUUCCACCACACAGAAAGAAAAGAAGAGGAGAAUGGGGGAAAAACAAAGGCUGAGCACACGGUUAAUGUGCUGACAUACAGUCACACUUUGUCGUAACACAACUUUUUUUUUUUUUCUGAAAGCAAAAGAGGGAGGUGAAUUUACAGCGCUGAAGCUGCUUUCCCCUGGUUACUGUGAACUGGCUGCUUUCUGAAGCAGUCAAAGUGUUUUACAGCCCUCUCUUUGUGCCGGGACUCUGUCAGGGUUCACACCUGUGAGGAGAGCAGAGCUACUGAUGGUCUUGUCUGCCUCAUGUCAUCUCCCCACAGAACUCAGCUUAGUAAACUACAGGCCCACAACAACUGGUGGUGACAUUUCUCCAUCUGUCUAGUACUUGGUCUCACACACCCAUGCCCUCCCCCUUGCUCUUCAUCCCCUUUAUUUCUGUCUUUUAGUCUCCUUUCUGUCAUGAGACAGAGAGACAAAGUGACUGCUCCUCUGUUAACCGCCAGCCUGGGAGUCCUGUACUUCUUAUUUAUGAACAGAAACUUUGUGCGUGGCACCGUGCCACUUAGAAGGUACCUCGAUGACAAAAGACUCGUGCCUUUUACAAAGUACUGUUGAUUUCCACCACAGCAAGACCUUCAUAGAAGAAACAAAGAAGAGGUUUUCUAAUAAUUUAAGAAAAUUACAAAGCAUUUUAUUUACAAUGCUGAGACAAUCGUGUACAGAGGAAAUCCUUUUUGCGUGUAUAAGUUUGUAAUCACUGGACUGUUCCUUGCUAUAUUCAUUUAGGUACGUGCUCUUGAAAGAUAAUGCUUUUUCAUUGAAGUAAAAAAGGCAUCCUAUCGCACAUGAGCUUGUGCAACGCCUGUAAGUGUUGAUGUGUUCAAGUUUUGUUCAUUAAACAAAUAUGUAAAUAAUGGGAUUUUGUGAUAAAUCAUUUUGUCAAGACCAAAUGCAUGAAUGUCAAGUGACAGUGAGCUUUCAUUUGAUUUUAUGAUGUUUCUCAUCCGUACAGAAAACUUCAGUCCCAUCAUUAUACAGCAUAACAGGUCUACGCAACUCCUUUUUAGACUCACAUUUCAAGGCAAAGAGGUACUUGUUUUUUAGUUUUUCAGCAUGGAAUCUUGCAACUUGCGCUUAUGGCAUUUCACCAGAUUUAAGCCCUGACCUUGAAUUUUGGAAGCAAACUUAAUUCGGCUAAUUCGGUUUUGGAUAUGGCAUAUGGCAGUGUCCUGCGUCUUGUGAGUCAUUUUAACAGGUUUAGAUAAAUCUAAGAUUUGAAGAGCAGGCUUGAAUAGGUUUUAUCUUUUAUACAUGCACUACAGCAACUCUUGUACAGUGAGCAUAAUUUUGUAUGAUGUAUUGUUUUUAUUUCCACUUUGAAAAUACAUUGUGUCCUUCUUUGACAUAACUGAAAUACAUGAAGCUGUUUUCAUAGUGUUUCUACAACUGUGGAAAGGGAAACCAUAAUUAACAUUGAGAGAAAAGCCACUAACUUUGAAGGGUUUGUGAACAUACAGGACAUGUGCUAUUGACUGUGAAUUUCGUAAACAGAAACCAGCUUGUUGUGUUUCUAAUUUUUCCCUCCUUUGCACAUGAUCACUGUUGGUCUUUACAUUUCAAGUCAGAUGACUUCUCGUGCCCUCCCUUCCCACCUAUACUACUCAAAACAACUUCUCCCCCACACUCCGAGGUAUCUACGUAUUGCUGCUAGAUCAAGGUAAUGGUAGGUAGAUAAACAGAGGAAAUGUUUUGUAGAUUCACACAACAUGCUUUUUUAUUAUGUUGCAAACUGGAAAUACUUCAUACUACAUGGGCCUCAUUGUGAAAUGCAAA